UCGACAUCGGUUGACUAAGAAAAAAGUAGUGUCUUCCGGCCUUUUUCGUUCAACUGAAUCAGCAUGGACGUUUUGGAUACAUACUACAAUAAGGAAGAAUAUGUCGAGACGGCUUCCGGUAACAAAGUCAGUCGGCAAACCAUUCUUUGUGGUUCGCAAAACAUUGUUCUCCAUGGGAAAGUGAUUGUCCAGAGUGGAGCCAUCAUUCGGGGAGAUUUGGCUGCCGUACGAACUGGUCGGUACUGUGUAAUCUCGAAAGGAUCGGUAGUGCGACCACCGUACAAACAAUUCAGUAAAGGUGUGGCAUUUUUCCCGCUGCAAAUUGGGGACCACGUCUUUAUUGGGGAAGGAGCGAUUGUAUCUGCUGCUUCCAUCGGAUCCUACGUCUAUAUAGGCAAGAAUGCUGUUGUAGGACGGCGCUGCGUUCUAAAGGACAAUUGUGUUAUCGAAGAUGGAGCUAUCCUGCCUCCGGAGACAACAGUUGCCAGCUAUAUGAGAUAUACUGUCGACGGGAAGAUAGAGGGUGGCCAAGGUAAUCCGGACUUUGUUCCACAUGCAAUGCAGGACCUUAUGGUGGAAUAUACGAAAUCUUACUACGAACAUUUCAUCCCAGCUAGUGGAGCUUGACGGAUGAAAUAAUUAUCCGGGAACAAAGGAUUUACCUUACAUAUACAUCCCUUAUUUAUGAAAACAUUUAUUAAUAAUAUAUAAUUAUGAAUUACCAUUUCACAUCGCCAUUAUUCUGAUAGUUGUAUGACUUUAUUUGAUUUGCCACACGACUAGCAGAAUAGGGAGGAUUGCUGAAAUUUCUUUUUGAUGAAAA